CUUCUAUAAGUAAUGAUAAUUAACACCCUAGAGUACUCAUUGAGUGGCAUUAGUGUUUAAUGGAUGGUGUACUUGUAUUUAAAUUGGGGGCCAAUGUACCUUUUUGCACUCCUGACUAGUUCCCAGACAAAGUGACAUGUAUAACUUUGAAUCUUAUUGGAACAGGUGCAAUUUGAAACGAGUCAUCAUGUCAUCACCUACUCCCUCUCAGAGCGAUACGGUUACCACAGCAUCCACCGCCUCCAAUUCAUCGGACAGCGAGAUGGAAAAUGCCAAUGGGCCUAAUACCCGCUGUUCCAUUUGCCAAGAAACAUACACAAUACCCAAAGUUCUUAGCUGUUUUCAUACUUUUUGUCAACCCUGUCUCGAGAAACUUCAGGAAGUGGCAGACAAGAUAAGCUGCCCAGAGUGCCACCAAGAUACAUUUCUUGGGGGUCAAGGCUUGACAGGUCUUCUGCCUGAUUACGCUGUCAGCAACCUAUUGGAAACAAACGCAUUAGAUACAAGUGCCUUACAUUGUACAGGCUGCAAAAGCAAAGAAACCAACGCUGUUGCAAGGUGCUUUGAUUGUGCAAAUUUCUUGUGUGCCAACUGUGUCAUGGCUCACCAAUUUAUGCACUGUUUUGAAGGACAUAGGGUAGCAAGUCUGAGUGAAAUUCAAGGCAGUAAAGAUGAAAACGGCAGUGGCAAGUCAGAGAAGCCUAUUUACUGUCCCAGGCACAAGACAGAUGUCCUGAAGUUCUUCUGCAAAACCUGUGUUCAGCCCAUCUGUAAAGAGUGCACAGUUUUUGACCAUGGAAGAGGCCAUGACUGCUCCUUCAUCAUGGACAUCGGAGAAAAACAGAUGGAAGUCUUGCAGAGGAUGGAAGAGGAUGCAAAAAACAAAGUCAAUGAACUGCGUGUAGCAGCCAAAGGGAUUGAACACAUUUCUAGUCGCCUGCAGGUACAAUACCACAAAGCUCAGAAUGACAUCAAUGAUACCUACAACUUUUACAGAGCAAUGCUGGAGGAAAGAAAACAAGAAUCUCUGAAGGAACUCGAUCAGGUUUUCAACACUAAGCAAGUUGCCAUCAGCUCUUUGGCUCAGAAGAUCCAAGAAAACAUCGAUCGUCUUUUCCAAGGAUGUGACUUUGUUGACAAAGUUGUCAAAUAUGCAAGCAUCACUGAAGCUUUGAUGUUCAAAAAUCUGGUGGAACAACGAUUUCAGAAUAUGUUCAACUUCUGUCCAGACAUCAACAAUCAGAUGUAUUUUGAUAUUGAGUUUGUGUCUAACUUUCAGGCCAUCACCACUGGUGUACGCAACACUUUUGGAUACAUACGUGAAGCAGAAGACAUCAUUCCUCCUGUACAGAAACCACCUCCCAUUGCCAGACCCAACGGUGUCAUAACUACCACCACCACCUCCACAUCCUCUUCACCACCUCUAACCAAUGGUCAUAUUUUUGAGACACCCAUGCUGUCAAAAGAUUUUGGUGGCUCUCAGAAUAGCCUCAUAUUUCCACCUGCUGACACUAACAUGUAUGAGAAGUGGUCCAAUGGUAUGGACAUUUUCCAGAAUGGCAUUGAUGUCUUUUCUACCAGUGCUGAUCCUUUGUUUGACAUAUCAAGUAAGCUCAACCUUACGAGUCUUUAUCCACCGAAGUCACAGCUGAAACGACAGAAAAUGAUCUACCACUGCAAAUUUGGAGAGUUUGGUGUCAUGGAAGGCCAGUUCACUGAACCAAGUGGAGUAGCAGUGAAUGCACAGAACGACAUCAUUGUCGCAGACACAAAUAAUCAUAGAAUCCAAAUCUUUGAUAAAGAAGGAAGAUUCAAAUUUCAAUUUGGAGAAUGUGGGAAGAGAGAUGGUCAGUUGCUCUAUCCAAACAGAGUGGCGGUGGUGAAAUCAUCAGGCGACAUCAUUGUUACAGAACGAAGUCCAACCCAUCAAAUCCAGAUCUAUAACCAGUAUGGGCAAUUUGUGCGCAAAUUUGGUGCCAAUAUACUCCAGCAUCCACGAGGCGUGACAGUAGACAACAAAGGCAGAAUUGUCAUUGUGGAAUGCAAAGUCAUGAGAGUAAUCAUCUUUGACCAGUUUGGGAAUGUUAUCCACAAAUUUGGUUGCUCCAAGCACCUUGAAUUUCCAAAUGGCGUAGUCGUCAAUGACAAGGAAGAAAUUUUCAUUAGCGACAAUAGAGCUCAUUGUGUGAAGGUCUUCAACUACCAAGGAGUCUUUUUAAGGCAGAUUGGAGGAGAGGGCAUCACAAACUACCCUAUUGGCGUUGGCAUUAACAGUGCAGGAGAAAUCCUGGUUGCUGAUAACCACAACAACUUCAACCUUACGAUUUUCACUCAAGAUGGCCAGCUUAUCAAUGCCUUGGAGAGCAAGGUCAAACAUGCACAAUGUUUCGAUGUGUCUCUGAUGGACGAUGGUUCUGUUGUACUAGCAAGCAAAGACUACCGUCUCUACAUUUACAGUGAUCAAAUGUACCAAUUUGCAAUAUCUUGGAGCUUACGGUUCGGUUUGUAUCCUGCCCACAAGGUUUUCCAAGCAAGUGAUACUGCGACAUUGACCUCUAACCUUGAAAAACAAUAGGCAUCUUCCU